UUCAUUUUUGGUUUUUACAGUUUGACUGGCAUUGAAGAAAUUUACUCCAUUAGUCUGAUAAAAAAAUAGCCUUCACAAAACAACGGCUAAAAACAAACCCACCCAACCUCCUCUUUAGGCUUACUUCUAGCCAUCUUGUGGCUCCACUUUUCUGUCAGUUCAAUCCUUCUGUGAAAUCUCUUCCUUUAUAUGAACCCCAAUUUCAACCCUAAUCCAUCUUACUUUUUCACUUUUCUUGCACUUUAAUGCAUUCCUAACAAAACCAUAAGGAAAAAAAAAACAAAAAAAAAAACAAAACAUUCAUAAUUCCAAGCCAGUAAAAUGAGUAGUAAUGGCAGCAUGGGAUGCAGUGAAAUUGGCCAGUUUUCGUGGCAUAUUCUUAAUGGAAGAUGGUUCAGUGUGUUCGCCUCGUUCCUUAUCAUGGCCGGAGCCGGUGCCACUUAUCUGUAUGGUACCUAUUCCAAAGAGAUCAAGGCCACUCUUGGCUAUGACCAAACAGAAAUCAACAUGUUAGGCUUCUCCAAAGAUCUUGGUGCAAAUGUCGGUGUCCUCUCUGGCCUAAUCGGCGAAGUAACCCCAGUUUGGUUCGUGCUCAUAGUCGGCGCAGUCAUGAACUUUGCCGGAUACUUUAUGAUUUGGCUGGCUGUCACCCAGAGAAUUCCCAAGCCUAAAGUUUGGCAGAUGUGCGUUUACAUCUGCAUUGGAGCCAACUCUCAAAACUUUGCAAAUACAGGAGCUCUUGUCACUUGUGUCAAGAAUUUCCCGGAGAGCAGAGGUGUUAUGCUCGGUCUGUUAAAGGGUUUUACUGGACUCAGUGGAGCUAUCCUGACACAAAUUUACUUGGCAGUCUAUGGAAACGAUUCAAAAUCCUUGAUUCUGCUUAUCGGGUGGCUCCCUGCUGCAGUAUCAAUAAUUUUUGUAUACAGCAUUCGACCAAUGAAAGUUGUUAGGCAACCCAAUGAGCUCCAAGUCUUUUACCAUUUCCUCUACAUCUCAGUUGUCCUUGCCUUAUUUCUCAUGGUUAUGAGUCUACUUCAGAAAACGAUAAAUUUCUCCCAUGCUGCCUAUGCAGCAACCGCAACCGGAGCAAUUUUUUUACUCUUUCUCCCUCUUGGCAUUGCCAUUCGUGAAGAACUAGUCAUUUGGAAUCAGCUGAAACAACCUGUUGAUCCUCCAACUGAGGUCAAAGUUGAGAAACCAGGAGAAACUGAAUUUAAAAAGGAUGAAUCGAAAGACAAAGAAUUAGAGAGACCUGAGCCAGGUUGUUUCUCUGACAUAUGCAACAAACCACCAAGAGGAGAAGACUACACCAUUUUACAAGCACUACUGAGUGUAGACAUGCUCAUAUUAUUCAUUGCAACAUUAUGUGGACUUGGAUCAAGCUUGACAGCGGUAGACAACUUGGGACAAAUUGGUGAGUCUUUAGGUUAUCCAACGAAAACAGUUCGAGCUUUUGUCUCAUUGACAAGCAUAUGGAAUUACUUUGGGAGGGUCUUUUCUGGGUUUAUCUCGGAAAGCCUACUCAUCAGGUAUAGAAUUCCGAGACCGUUAGUGAUGACAGGUGCUCUUGUUCUAUCAUGUGUUGGCCUCCUCCUCAUUGCCUUCCCUGGCCCUGGUUCAGUUUAUGUGGCAUCAGUGAUCAUAGGGUUUGCUUUUGGCGCUCAGUUGCCAUUGCUUUUCGCAAUUAUUUCUGAGCUCUUUGGUCUUAAGCACUUUGCAACGUUGUUCAAUUGUGGGCAAAUAGCAAGUCCCCUUGGCUCCUAUCUUCUAAAUGUGAAGCUCACUGGGGCGCUCUAUGAUAAAGAGGCAAGGAAAGAGCUAGCAAAGAGAGGGUUGACGAGGUCACAAGUGAAGGACUUGACAUGCAUUGGGAAUCACUGUUAUCAGUUGUCUUUCACAAUUUUAGCUGCUGUUACAUUCCUUGGUGCUCUUGUGUCCCUAAUUUUGGUGUAUAGGACGCGAGCGUUCUACAAGGGUGACAUAUACAAGAAAUAUAGACAGUAGAUACUCUUUUUUGGUUGGUUUAUGACUGCCAAAACAGACACCGGUAAUUUGGAUGAGGAGCCUACAGAGAAAUUACGAACUUGAUGAUUAUACAUAAUGAUAAAUUAUAUUGAAUUUCUAGGAAAUAUCUUCACAACCCUAGUGUUUUUAUGCUUUUCAAAGCGUUAGCGAAGUUUACUUCACAAAAUUCUCAGCUCUGCUACCGAUCAAAAGAAAGAAUGUACUCGGGAAAGUGGCGUUUUUGGUUUAUUUGG